AUGUCACUGACAGAAGUAGAAGAACUAAACUUAGAUUAUUACAGCAUCCUUUUAAUUAACAGUUUCUUAUCUACAUCUUUAAACCGUGAUCUAUCACUUUUUUUUCAUCAACCAGCAUCCUCUAUACCGCAAGGCUUCACAUCAGUUCUGUUUGAAAUUGAACUUGAUACGCGUAAAAGCUCUCGUACAUUUGCAAAUAUAUCUCAUCUGAGUGAAUUCCAUGAAGAAAGUGAAGUUCUUUGUAUGAUGGGAAUGCACUUUCGAUGGAAGGAAUCUUCUUACAAUGUUGAUGAAGAAAACUACACAAUAAAGCUGGAAUUAUUUGAUGAUACUUCAUUGAAAGAGAUCAAAGAAUAUCAUCAAGAUACGAAUCUUAGGAGAAAUUUACAUGAAUGUUCCAGAAUGCUUAUUGAUGAUUUGCGUGAGAUACCAUUGAUGGAGAUAAAUAUCAUUUUCAAUGAAUUGUGUAAGUUAUUUCCAUUGGAGAAUGAUUGGUUAGAAGCACAUCGAUAUCGUUGUCUUGGUAUUCACUGGAGAGAGGACCCAUCUCAUCGUGCUGAAUCUGAAUCUAUUUAUUAUGAAAAAGCCAUCGAUAUUUGGGAAAACUAUAAAAGUGAUAGUGAACUGAAUGUUAAUAUUGAUAUUGGCGAUAUUCAUCUUGAAAUCGCUAAUUGUCAAAUGGAAGAUUUUAGUUCUGAAGUUAAACAUUUAGAUCUCGCAAUAGCUAGUUAUAUUUUAUCUCUUGACAAACCCAUGGUGGAUAAAGAAAGAGCUGAGAUUUAUGGAAAAUUAUCAAAAAUUUAUCUUCUUAAAAGACCGUACAGUGACAUGGAAAAUGAAGCAUGUGACAAUCGAUUAGUCAGUGAUGAAACAAAGGAAAUGCUCAAGUAUAAAAACCUGGAACUGCAAGAAACUCUCAAAUUUUGUAAACAUACGGAUAAAAAAGUAUUAGAGUUAUAUGGAAACUUGGCUCAUAUCCAGAAAUUUAUAGGCUAUUUCGAUGAGGCCUUGGUCAAUUUUGAGAAAGUAAAUCAAUGCUGCAUGGAUCUGAAAAAUGAGACAGAUCGACAUAUCCGUCUGUGGGCGAACUAUAAAUCCGUAAUGGAAAUCUAUAGAGAUUUUAAGCAGAAUUAUUCUACAGCACUAUACUAUCAAUUACUGGUAAUAGAAAAUGUUACAAAACUGUAUUCAAUAACACCCGGUGAUAGGAACCUUGAUUAUUGGAGCUUAAAGGAGAUUCAGUCGAAUAAGUCCACAAUAGCUCAAACUUAUUUUGACUUAGCAGAUAUCUAUAUAAAAACAGCCGUGUUUGUACUGAUGUUAUAG